AUGUUGGUGACCUUUCACCUGUUUUAUAGCUCGAACGCCACGUUAGCGUUCUCUGGACUCCGGCAGUCUGUUAAUUGUACAGCCACGAAAAUGAGCUUUUUCAGUAUAUUUGGAAGUAACCAAGAGCCUGGAGCGAAACCAUCAGGAGCAGAGACGGUUGCAAAGUUAUGCGAUAGAGUCCAGUCAUCUACUUUGCUAGAUGACCGCAGAGAUGCUGUCCGUGCAUUAAAAGCGCUAUCAAAGACUUUCCGUUUGGAGGUUGGAACUCAGUCUAUGGAAAUAUUGAUCCAUGUGUUACAGAAUGACAGAUCAGACGCAGAGAUAGUUGGAUACGCAUUGGAUACGUUACAUAACACUAUAUCCAAUUCAGUUGAUGAAGAUGAAGAUGAACUAUCAAAUGGUGAAGUAAAGAAGGCAGAUGAAUCUCAUAUUGGAGAGCAGUUUACAGAAAUUUUCAUCAAGAAACCUGAAAAUGUCACACUUAUCUUGGACCUACUAGUGGAAUUUGAUUUCAAAGUGCGAUGGCCAGCUGUGAAGCUUUUAACUGCUUUGACGGUGCACAGGUCAACCCAAGUACAGCAAUGUGUACUUGUAAGUCCAAUGGGCGUGUCCAAACUAAUGGAUCUGUUGUCAGAUAGUCGUGAGGUGAUAAGAAACGAUGGACUUCUUUUGCUGAUUCAGUUGACUAAAAAUAAUGCAAAUAUUCAAAAAAUAGUAGCUUUUGAGAAUGCAUUUGAGAAGCUUCUUGAAAUUAUCUCAGAGGAAGGAGGGAGCGAGGGUGGUAUUGUUGUUGAAGAUUGCCUACUCUUAUUACUUAAUUUAUUGAAGAAAAACAGUUCAAAUCAGACAUUUUUUAAAGAAGGAAGGUAUGUGCAAAAAUUGGCCCCCUUUUUUGACCUCCAAAACAAUGAACCUAAGAGUUUAGAUGUUGGUUGGUCAGCUCAGAAGGUCAACAAUGUGAACUCAAUGCUGCAGGUCGUUCGGACAUUAGUGUCUCCUAGCAACCCACAGCAGGCAACAGCGUCGUGUCAGAAGGUAAUCAACCAGUGCGGCUUGCUGAAGCAACUUUGCACCAUUCUGAUGGCAAGCGGCGUGCCUGCAGAUAUCCUAACUGAGACAAUCAAUACUGUGUCAGAGGUUAUCAGGGGUUCAAAAGUUAACCAGGAGUUCUUCGCAUCAGUUAGUGCUCCCUCAACACCACCGAGGCCUGCAAUUGUUGUGCUUGUUAUGUCAAUGGUGAAUGAGAAGCAACCAUUUGUUCUCCGUUGUGCUGUGCUUUACUGUUUUCAGUGUUUCUUGUACAAGAAUGAGGUUGGACAGGAGCAGAUUAUAUCAACUCUCUUACCUGCCACUGCAGAUGCUUCUGCUAUUACAGCUGGCCAGCUUCUAUGUGGUGGGUUAUUCAGCCAGGAUUCGGUCUCAAAUUGGUGCGCGUCGGUCGCUCUAGCACAUGCCUUGAAGGACAAUGCCAGCCAGAAAGAACAACUGCUGCGAGUCCAGCUUGCUACUGGCCCCGGAAACCCGUCCGUGUCAUUGUUACAGCAAUGCACAAAUAUGCUAUCACAGCCCACCGCUAAAGUGCAGACAAGACUAGGCCUCCUGAUGUUACUAUGUUCAUGGUUGGCCAAUUGUCAAUUAGCAGUUACUCACUUUCUUGCCAAUUCCGCCAAUGUGCCCUUUCUUAUGGCACAAGUUGCUGAGCAUGUUGAUGAGCAAGAGGCACUAGUGCAGGGUUUGUGUGCGUUCCUGUUGGGAAUAUCAGUUCAUUUUAAUGACAAUUCAAACACAACAUUUACAAAGGAGAGUCUUCGAAAUUUAAUUUCCAAACGUAUUGGUUUAGAAUCGUUGGUAGAAAAAUUAGAAUCGGUGACAAAGCAUGAGAGUUACACGCUGGCAGCGCAGAAGCCUCAACUACGCUACAGCCAACCUGAGCACUUACUUAUUGACUAUGAGUUCACAUCUUUAUACAAACAGUUGGAAGGAAGUCUCUGUAAAGCUGUAUGCUCAUCUGAUGAUGCUGAGAGCAAAAAGACAGUAGAGGAUCAUGACAACAUUGUUAUGCAAUACAAGGAAAUCAUAAGGGAGCAGGAUGCUGAACUGAAUGAGCUUCGCAGUAAACACAAAACACUUGAGAAAGAGCAUAAAGCAUGUGAACUGCAGUUGAAUGAACAAUCCUCACAAAUACAACAACUUAAAGACCAGUACACACUCAUUAAAGCACAGGGUGGUAACGGUGAAGAUGCCUUAAGAAUUGCAGCUGAACUUAAGGAGUUAAGAGAAAAUCAACAAGUACUUAACAGGGAGAUAAAAGAAAAGGACGAUAUUAUAGAAAAAUUGAAAAAUGACUUAACAAUAGCUGAUGCCAAGUCUGUUCUUGCUGAAGGCAGUAGCGCAAGUCAGAACCAAGUGGUAGAACUUCAGUCUACUAUACAAGCGCAGAAGAAAGAAAUAGAUGAAUUCAAUUUGAUAGUUGCAGCUCAGAAGGAUGAGGAACAAAGGUUAAAGGGUGAAUGUCUUGACCUCACUAGGCAGAUAACACAGUUGUCACUGGCAGUUGAUGCUGCCCCAAGCGGAGACCAUUCAAGCCUGGUGGCAGAGAAAGCUGCCUUGACAGCCAAACAAUCAGAAACUCAGGCCUUGCUUGCCCAAGCUGAAGACCAAAACACAAAGCUAAGCACUGAUAACCAAAGACUGAUUAGUACAAACCAUAAUUUAGAAAGUCAACUUAAAACCUUAACCGAAAAUUGUUCCAGUUCAACAAGUCAGGCAACAAGACUGCAGGGUGAGGUUGAUGAUAUGAGAGACAGGCUGCAUGAACUAGAGUCUGAGAAGGAGAUGUGUAAGAAGGAGGCAGCAGAUAGCAAACAGGAGCUGGAUGAUCUGCUAGUGCUUUUGACCGAUACAAGCAAUAAAGUGGAUGAAUACCGAAAAAAGUUGAAAGAGCUCGGAGAAGAGGUAACUGAGGAUGAGGAAGAAGAGGAUGAAGAUGAGGAGGAGGAGGAUGAAAUUUAAAUAUAGUUAGUUUUUAAUAUAAUAUAUAGAUUUGAAUGUAAUCUUUCCAAAACUUCUAGUCUCUUCUAUUUUCCUCAUAAUUUUAGCUGAUCAGUUUUAUAAGGGAAUUUUCAAAAUAUCAAUUACGCCGACAUAUGUGAGAUGUCAACAGUAAACUACUACUUCACUUUUGAAACCUCACUUUUGACAACUUUAUUUGUAGAGUGUAAUUUUCAUACAUUCUAAAGGAUGUAUGCAUAAAUUAAGACAUUAUGGUAUUAUGUAACAUCACAUGUCAUAUAUGGAAUAUGAACAAUUACAUAAUUGCUAUGGUGUAUGAACCAUUUGUGGUGCAUUAAUGAUACCGUAUUGUGCAAGAAAAUUUGUGCAGACCCAUUACAUAUGGGGUGUGAGACCAUAUGAUGUAAUAACUCUUUAGAGCAAGGAUAUAGUUUUGUUUUAAGAACUACAGUAUAUGUGUUUUAAUAAAACUAUGCCUUAGCAGAUUGCAUCUAGGAGUCUUUAAAUUGGGGGUGGGGGCUGAUGGCCCAUGGAAGUUAAGUUGGGGUGCUUGAUGGUUAAGUGAGGGGUGGCAAAAUAAGGUGUUGUGAGUUGAUUUUUAUCUACUUGGGCGUGAUUUUUUUUUUGCUUAAACAUUUUCAGUGGAUGGGGGCAUGACUGUGGCACAAGCUUUUUUAGGGGGAGUACAAUCCCUCCCCUACAUAUGCCACUGACGCCUUGAUAUAAAAGAUGCAUAUAUGCUGUAACGUAUGUACAAUGAAAAUAAUUUCCGAUGCCUUAUACUUCUUUCAGUUAUUUAAUUAUAAGAAACGAUAGCACCAAUUAAUAUAUACGUCAUGAAUUGAUAUAUUUAUUAUGUUUAUGGUGACAGUAAUUUUUGUUUUUUUGUUUUCAAUUUCUUCGUGCACAUAAUUAAUUCAAUGACAUUUGUGAAAUAAAUCUAUGAUUGGUUUAUUGUUGAGAUUUUAAUUUUCAAUAAAAACUUGAGCAGUAAAAUCCGAGUAGGCCUAGUUGAUGAAUAAAUUUUAACAUACUGUACUUCAUGUAUUAUAAUAAGUAAGAACUGUGCUAUACAACGAUAAUAAAAUAUAUUGAGCAGUUACCUGCAUAAUUUGAAUCGUCGCGAUUUUCACUUUACAAAACCCUAAAAAAUUUGAACCGAUUUUUAUUUCCAACAAAAACUAUAAAGCAACAGAAAACCGAUGCAAAUUUUCAACAAAAAUAUGAGAAAUAGAAAGCAAAUUGAGGGCGCUAUGAUCAAUGGUCGUCUGCUGUCGUUUAGAUUGAACUGCCUCAACUAUCGUAGAAAUUUACUGUUGGUAGAUAGAAUGAAAGUUUAUUGAAAAGUAACGUUUUGUGUAUUGUCGUAGUGAUUUUUGGAGGAACUACUAUAUGCCUGUAAGCAAUUCCACCAUGAAAACGGAUUUUUUAGAAUUGACUUGAAAAUCGAGGUAUUGUUUUUGAAUCCCGACACGAUGGCGUGCAUUUCGAUACUUGGAGUAUAAUUAUACUGUACUAUCUUAUCUGAGAUAAAUCCGUGGACCUUUCGGUUUUUGUUUUUGUACUGUUUUUACUUUUUGGAUUCUUAGUAUUUUUCUCGUCUGUUUUCAAUAUCGGUGUCUUAUUAAAUUGUUUGUUUUUCGUUUCCUGUGAGACUACAUAGACUACCAGUUGUUAAUAAUGUAAUUUGAAUAAAUCAAUUGAACAAAUA